CUGAUUGCAUGCCAGGGCCCGUCCCUCUCCCCACACAGAGCAGCCGUAACCCAGAGGUUCAGAGAACCAGCUUAGGGCUGCUGGAGAAGCAGCCUCAGCACAGUGACAGUGAUAAACAAAGCCAAGAUCGCCAAGGAGAUUCUAUUUCCUCAGGGACAGCCAGAGCAAGAGUGGAGAGAGGACAGCCCUCAGCCUGCUAGCUCUUCAGUCCUGAAAAUACUGCCACCAGCCACUGCUGAGCCAUGGCUGAAGGAGAAAUCACGACCUUCACAGCUCUGACUGAGAAGUUUAACCUGCCUCCGGGGAACUAUAAGAAGCCCAAACUGCUCUACUGCAGCAAUGGAGGCCACUUCCUAAGGAUCCUUCCAGAUGGCACAGUGGAUGGGACAAGGGAUAGGAGUGACCAGCACAGUAAGCAGCCGUCUGAAUUAUACCUUUUCCCUUUCUGUGUCUUCUUUAGUCAAGGACAGGAGAAGGGUAGGUAUUAUGGAGCUGGUACCCACUCCUCCAAGGAGUGAUGCAUUCAGAAGUGAGGGCAAUACAUGUGCCAAGGGCCUGGGUUUGGAAAGCAGGUAGCUGUUUGCUGCCACUUAGCUAAAGGUGUCCUAUUGCAGGGUUUUGAAAGGAUUCUCUGCUGACCUAACACAACUGGUUGCCAGUGCUCAAUUGCUGCACUUUUUUUCUGAGUUUCUGUAACUAAUGAGUGAUCUAUUCUUCUUGCUCCAUCAUGGGAAGAGCCGGGCGGGCAGGGAUGUAAAUCCUGCACAAAGAUGGAGGGCUCAGUUUCAAGUUAACAAACUCUCCAGGUUACAUUUCCGCUGGACAAGAUUUGCAAAAUCCUAGUCCAUAACUAUAGUCUCACACAUCAUAAAUUAUGCAGCUUUCUCACUGCAUGUCAUGCAGCUGUGGCUGUGAUAAGCAGGAAGGGUA